AAACUUCAAAACUGCUCAAUGCUCAGAAAAACUGCAAAAUGCAGAUAAAUCUGCACAUUUGGCAACGCUGCAGCACUAAAAACCAAACAUUCUCAGCUUUUUACGUUCUCUUAAAUUAUAAACAACAAAUUUGGUACAAAAAUCUCUCAAAAUUACGAGCGCGUUAAGAAAUCGUCUCUUUAAUAUAUUGAUGUGUAGAUUAAAUUCACCACAAUGUUGGCGACGAUCAGUACACACUUCACACGCACCUCUUCAACAUAGCGACGGUCGACAGCAGCGUGAAACGUAUUGGAGAUAUAAACAAAAACCACAAGAAAAACAACGUUCUCAUCAUUUUGUUAUUGCCAAACAGCUGAUUCCAGUAAAUAGCAUGUCGUCGUCAACUUGUAAUUCUUUAUCAACAAAUCAACUUCAAAUACGCGUUAUCAAACCCCAAGAACGUCAGCAGGUGUUGGAUUUUCUACGUGUGCACUAUUAUCUGGAAGAACCUUUAACGGUGGGCAGUGAGCCCAAGCAGCAAGAUAAAGAAGAUGAGGAUUUUAACAUGUCCAACAUAGAACACGACACGUGUAUUAUGGCUGUUCAAAAAGAUGAUACUAAUUCCCAGGAGACAAUAGUAGGAGCUCUUAUGGCCGGUCCUAAAGGGCCCGAUGAAGCUGAUCAUCUUUUUGAGGAGGCCGCCAAUUUGGGUCCCACCAAAUGGGGUCAUAUUUUACAGUUUUUGGCCUGUGUGGAACGAGACGCUAAUAUUUGUGGACGUUUCAAAGUACAAAAAGUUUUGCACGUUCAUGUUAUGGGAGUAAAUAGAGAAAUGCAUGGUCAGAAUAUUGGACGUCGUUUGGUGGAGCAAGUACUAAAUGUGGCAAAACGUUUGAACUUCAAAAUGGUGGCAGCAGAUUGUACUAGCUAUUAUUCGGCCAGAUUAUUUGAACGCAUGGGAUUUGAAUGCAUUAAUAUUAAAUACUACAAGGAUUAUGUGGAUGAGACCGGAAAACAAGUUUUCAAACCAGACGCGCCACACGAAUGUGUUAAAACAUUUGCUCUUAAAUUGUAAAUUAGUUGAGUAUAUUUGCAUAUUUAUGUAUUUAGAUUUUGUUUUGUUAUGAAGUUUGGCGGGAAGCACUUAAAAAAAUGGGACAUAAGGCAAAUUUUGUAAAAGAGAGUAGAAACAAGUUACCCCCAGUAACACGAAGUCUGGUUAUGUUUUAACCACAUAAUAGUUAUACUGGCAGUUUUCAUACAAAAUAAUUUUAACCGACACUUCGUGUUAAUGGGGGUUAGAGUUAUAUAUUCGGCUAUGUCGAAUCAUACGUAUUAUUCACCCAGCAUACCUAAAUAUUUUUUAAGGAAUACCGUUAUCAUAACACUGUAAUAUUCUCUGAGUUUCAAUAAUAAAAUUAUACAGAUAUA